GUACUGGCAGAUUCGGACUGUCUGUCAGUUGUGAAAGUGGCAUGUUUUGCUAAGGCACAACUAGCCACAGCUACUUUUCAUUCAAUUCCGUCCUUUGGAAAAAAAAAUAAUUUUAUCAACAAUGUAUAUUUGAUAAAGCAAGGAUUAAAUGUUAUCAAUAUUAUUUUUAUUUAUUUUUUAUGCAAUACUCAAGUGAGAUUUCUGUAACAUCUAAUUACUUUGCACGAUUUGUUCGUAGUUGCUAGUGUUAUGCAAAGCUCAAACCUAUCAUUACAUUACGUAGAAUUUUUCUUUAAUGGAUACGAUUAUGAGAGUGAUAUGAAGGAUUGACGUGCAGUAAAAGUCAAGCAACGCCGAAAAGUGGUACAGCUACGUAGAAAUAUUCCUAGACACGCAAUUUUUACGUCCUACAACAGGAGAUGGACACCAACGAUCAUUCAGAAUCGAUAAUUCUCUAUACACCGGAGAGUAGCGCAAAAAUUGUCAGCGCACAACGACAAAGAACCGAAGCAAAAUGGACGUUCUGGUUGUUGACGGCAGGCAUUUCUACUACUUUUGGAGCAGCAAUUCCUACAGGGUACAAUAUUGGAGUCAUCAAUGCACCAGCUAACUUCAUCAAAGAGUGGUGCAAUGAGACGAUUUUUGAAACAUAUGGAACAGUACUCAGCGUUGGUGCAUUGGAUACAUUUUGGGCAGUAGUUGUUUCAAUAUUUUUAAUUGGUGGAGUCAUAGGUUCUCUGGGAGGAGCAUGGGUAGCUGACAAGCUAGGACGCAAAAGAUCAUACCUGACAUGCGGAGUACUCCUCGUUUUAGGCGGAGUGUGUUUUCAAUUUUGUAGAGCAGUGGGAUCAGUUGAACUGCUUCUUCUGGGGCGGGUUCUAGUCGGUUUAGCUGCCGGUCUCACUACAAGUACUGUUCCAAUGUACUUAACCGAGCUGGCGCCAAUUGAGCUACGUGGUGCCCUUGGUGUAUUUUGCUCAAUGGGUGUAACAGGCGGUGUUGUAGUAGGACAAGUGAUGAGUUUAGAGGACAUCUUUGGUACCGACGAGCUGUGGCAGUUUGCACUUAGCUUCUAUGUAAUACUAGUAAUAAUAUGUUUUGUACCAUAUCACUGGCUUCCGGAGAGUCCAAAGUACUUAUAUGUGAUGAAACAGAGGAGGGAUGAGGCAAUUAAUGAAAUCAAGAGAUUAAGAGGAAAGGACGCGAAAGACGACUAUGUUAAGCAACAAAUAGAAGCAAUGCGAAGUGAAGAUACCCAAAAUAGCAUAAACGACGACGAAGAGACUCAACGAAGCAAACCAAAGCAACGAUCCUUGUGGUCUGUGCUGACCGAUCCUAAAUUGACACUGCCACUGCUAUUAGUUUGUGCCUUACAAGGAGGACAACAGUUAUCCGGGAUUAAUGCGGUAUUUUUCUACUCCGUAUCAAUUUUUGAAUCGGUGGGGCUUAGCUCAACAGACGCAAAAUUUGCCAAUCUUGGAGCAGGUUGUUUGAAUCUAUUCGUUGCCUUCUUUACGCCUGUUUUGAUGGGAAAGUUCAACCGCCGUUUACUGGCUCUGCUAUCCUGUUCCAUGUGUGCGGUGUUUUUGUUUGGUUUGACCUUCGUUGUGUAUUUCAUACAUCAAGUGAGUUGGUUUUCAUAUGCUAGUAUCAUUACUAUUCUACUGUAUAUAUUAUUCUACCAAAUUGGCCUUGGACCUAUACCGUACUUCAUUGGAUCAGAACUAUUUGAGGUGGGUCCUCGUCCAGCGGCUAUGGCAAUGGGCAGCAUAGCGUCAUGGGGAUGCAAUUUUAUUGUAGCCAUGCUUUUCCCAACACUGCAGAGUGCUUGGGGAGCAUUCGUCUUCCUACCGUUCACCGUAACCUGUGUGCUGUUAACGAUAUUACUUAAAAUUUACUUGCCGGAAACCAGAGGACGGCACAUUUCGUCAAUUGCACCUCUCGUAUCGAAUGGCUUCCGAUCAAAACCAUUGGUGCCUUGGUCAUAGACAUUAGUUUAGUUCUCUUUUGCGCAUAGUUUUUUCUAUCGUUUUUUGCUCAAUUUUAAAACGCCGACAAUGCUAGUUCGAUUUAUGCGAACAAACACAACUCUAGAAAUGAAUUUGUUGAAUAAACUUGUGCAUCUCAUUGCGGAAA